AUAACGAGGCUUUAUUGACCAGACAUAACUUAACGAGUGAACUUUUUUUGCGUGUGGGUUCGGUUUAGCCACCCAGCUCCGUGUACUGUUUGGGUGUGGCAUUCAUAUUCUACGUAUUUUACGCGUUAAGUACUUCUUGUGUGGAACCCGAGCCUUUCGUCGAGCUUGGUUUUGCUCUCACCCUGUAUUUGAAGACAGAGAAAUACUCUACUUGGAUCAAGAUCAUGCGUUUAUGUGGGCGGGGGCACUUUAUCCCGGAUUCUGCCACGUUGGCUCAGUGAGAUUCGACAAAUCCUCGCUGACCAAGGCCAAUCAUGGUGCUUUUGGAGGUAAAACGCUCUGAGAAGAAGAAUGAGUUCCUGUAUGAGACAACCGUAAAGGUCAACAAUGGUGACCUCUUGAAAGAGCUUUGCGAGCUUCACAAUUUACGGUUGAAAGUCUUGCGCCUCUCCAUGGCUUGCAAGGAAUUGGCAAAGCAUGGGCCACUUCGGCCUGAAGAGACGCGUGGCAUCUCUGAGGAUCUCAGCAAGGUCACAGAGCUGGAUGUGAAUGCUUACGGACAGCCCACCAGACCAGAUGAGUCUGGCUUUCGGACCGGAGUACCUCCACCUCCAGAGGUAGCAGAAGUUUUGUCCAGAACUGCAGAGGAAGGAGCAGCCGCAGUGGCGGGGGAGUUGGUGCAGCAAAAGCGUAGCAUUGACAAGAAGGUAUGCCAGACCCAAAUCGACAACAUGCGCGGAGCUGUGAUGAUUGCAUAUCCAGCUUUUCAUCGCUUGCCGGUAUAUGAUCCAGCCCGGCAAGAGCUAGAAGAGCGAGAGGAGCUGGAUGGUGCAUCGGAGUUGCAGUGCGUGCUGGAGCCUUCGCAAACCAAUCUUUGGUGGGCUGGCAAAGAGCUCAGGACCGACCAAUCUUUGGAACAGUAUGUGGGCAAGAACGAGAAGACAAAGAUUGUGGCAAAGUUGGCACCCAAAAAUGCUGGUGCUCCUGUACGAGAGCCACGCAUCGACGAAAACACCCACAAGGCAAUGAUGGCACACUACUACCGAAAGCAGGAGGAGCAGAAGAAGCUCCAGGAGGAUGAGGAUGACUCCUAUUUGGACUCAGAAUGGGCAAACCCCAAGGCAUUGAAAAGUGCCCUUGUUGGAAAUGGUCGGCCAAUCUCCUGGAAGACACGGUGAGUAGCAUUAGGCAAGAACGCACGAGAAUUCAUCGAAAGCGUGAGUCAAUGGUCUCCAUCUCGCAGACAAGGCCAACAGCCUCAACUUGCAAUCGAAUCACAUAGGCAUUAGGUG